AUGCUUAGACAAAAUCUAUUUGCCCAUAAAUGCGAUAUACCGAUACGAUUACUUAACCGUAGAGUUAAUUACUUUAUUCAAUGCAAUCAAUUGCUGUCAUUAGCGGCAAAGUUUGUGGUAAUUGUGUUAUGCAUACGAGAGUCGGCCGGCGGUGUCUGUCCACCCAAUCCGGACACUAUAAAGCCGUGCACUUGUGAUCCAAACACAAUCCGGUGUUACGCCAACAAUGAGUUUGAUUUAAGCGUUAUUUUUGAUGUAAUUGCCAGUAAUCGCAAUGAAAACGAUAAGUCGUUUGAGACGUUGGAGUUAAGCAAUAAUCGGUUGACAGGACUGGAGGACAGUGUCUUCCAUGGCAUCACUUUCAAGACGAUCAAGAUUUUGCACUGCAAUCGUUUGGAUUGUGUUUCCGCCACCGCUUUCUCCGGAAUGGAGAAAACACUCAACUCUUUCCAGGCAUACGAUACAAGUUUCAGCAUUACAAACCAAAGCGAUUGCAAUGUAUUUAACGCAUUGAGACGAAUGCAAACUCUGCGCUCAAUUAACAUAACGGGCAGUAAACUGACGGAAAUACCGGCCGACGCCUUCCAAGAGGCAAAUAGCGCUCAACUACUGCUCACAACCGUUGACUUGAGUGGCGGAGAGGGAGGAAAUAUCACCAAGAUCGGCAAAAACGCAUUCGCAAGCCUUAAAAAUGUGAGGUAUAUAGACCUCUCAGCCCAUAAGAUUGAUUCCAUAGACUCCUAUGCGUUUGCAUUCAAUGAGCCCUCAAAUGAGAGGUUGACAAUCAAUUUGGAGAAUAAUAGACUGAAUGCCGAGAGCUUUGCCGGUCAGGCGAUAGAAGGGAACGGACGGCCGACUCGACUGCUAUUGGGAGCGAAUCCGGGCUUAAAAGUGCUCAAAGAAUCGGUGUUUAGACCAUUCCUGACAACAGCCGAAUCAGGUUCCGAUUUUUGGCGACACUCUCAAGCGCUUAUAUUAGUGGCGGCUCUGACGGUGCAAAUGGUGGCCGCGGAGGGGGAGGACAACGGCGAACGCAAACGGGUAGAGGGAGAGGGCGGGUGUCCGGCGCCCGACGACAUCAAGCCCUGCACCUGCAAAGACAAGAAUCUGCGCUGCUUUUCGACCAUCGAGUUUGAUUUGGAACAAGUGUUCAAAGCGGCCGGCAAUGGAAAGACCGAAGAGGAGAAACAGUUUGAGUCGCUUGAGUUGAGUACACCACUCAUCAUAGAAUUGAAGGACAGUAUCUUCCAUGGCGUCACAUUCAAGACACUGAAAUUCCUGCACUGCUCCAAAUUGAACUGCAUUUCUCCCACAGCCUUCUACGGCAUGGAGAGGACGCUCGAGAAUUUUAUCGGCUACGACACCAGUUUUAGCCAAGGAGAGAAACCCGGAUGCAAUAUAUUCGACUCGUUGAGACGUCUGAAAAGUUUGCGGGCAAUUAAUAUAACGGGCAGCAGAAUCCGGGAGAUUCCUGAGGGAGCCUUUCACGAGACCGGCAGUAAUAUCGAUAAACUCACUCAUAUCGACCUCAGCGGUAAUCAGGGCGGAGAGAUCACCAAGAUUGGUCGCAACGCGUUCGCCUCACUUAAAGCGCUGAAAUACAUAGACUUAUCGCAGCACCAAAUCAGCAAGAUAGAUCCGCACGCCUUCUACUUCGAGGACUCGUCCAACGAAUACCUGACCAUCAAUUUGGAGAGCAAUCUUCUCACGCAAGAGAGCUUUGAAGUGGAGUCGAUGUCGACGAACGGCCGCAUAACGACCGUCAAGUUGGGCGGCAAUCCCAACCUCCAGGUGCUGAAGGACUCGGUGUUCCGGUCAUUCCUCUUAAACACCGGUCGAUCCAAUCCCGCGGAACAGAAUAUGCUGGACAUGAGAGGCAGUCCUCUGACGUGCGCUAAACCCAAUCUAUGGAUUCUGGAAAGUAAAUUCAAAUUACAGCGAAGAAUCAAUUAUGUUAUUUCCGCCGAAUCCGGGAUAGAGUUCUGGAGACACACUCCCAGUCAGUGCGACAAAUAAGCCUAACCCUCCCAUAACCCACUGAUUAGCCC